UUUGAGGUUCCCAAGGCCCCCACAGUGCCCUGGCUCAGGACACCCUCCCAGAGCAAUACUCCCCCAGGCCUGACUGCCUGCCUGCAACUCUUGGCAACCAAGCAGCCAGGGGGAGGAUCAGGAUGACCGUGCGGCUGAGAUAAGGACCACAUGAAGUUCCCCGCAUUACCUCACCCGAUAAGGAAACGAGCAGAGAUUCACAGAAAGCCAGAGAGAGAGGGAUAGAGACAGAGACGGUCAGACUUGGGAGGAUGUCUCUGGGUGGACGGUGAUGUGCAGAGAAGCAGCCAUUGUUUAAGGGUCUGGGUGGAACGGGGGUCCCACAGAAGUCUCAUGAACUCUCCAGAGGAGCUUGGAGCUGCCCGCAGCAGGAAAUCAUCUCAUAAAUGGCUUCAUGAGAUCAGAUGAGCAUUUCUGCUGUUCUUCACUCAACUAGUCACAUCUCAUAUCAAGAUUUGACUUCAAAAAUGUGCUCACACUAGAUGAAGGGAUGACCUCAGAUUCUGUUCUCUUUUGGGUCCAGCAAAGUACCUAGGAAAAGAAAGUAUCUCUCACAGCAAUCUCCAGUACUGGAAAAUAAAGCUUCAUCCGUCCAAUGAAAACACACUGACUGUAAUUUAAUUUCUCGAGACUUGAAGGGAAUCUACUGCAGCACUUUGGCAGCGCUCAUGGCAGCGAAUCCUCUGGAAGGUCUCAUGUCGGUUGCAGAAAACCACCGGCUGGUUUCUGGCUGCGCAGCCGAGCCGCAGAGCCGGCAGCCUCUUUCGUCCCAGAGCCCAGCCUCCCCGCACGGACACAAGCUGAGCAGCGUACGCAGCAGUCGGGAGUCCAAGAAGUGGGUACAAUCAGUGUGCGGGUCCAGGUCAAACCCCGGUUCUGGUUGUGGGUCCGCAGUCCUGAACAGGGCGCUGAGGGCUCAGCACUCCCCGGAAAACGCAGCCCGAGAGAGGAGCAGAGUACGCAACCUGCGGCAGGCCUUUCACACUCUGCAGGCAGCUCUACCUUCAGUCCCACCUGACACCAAGCUCUCCAAGUUGGAUGUUCUGGUUCUGGCUACUAACUACAUAGCUCACCUGACAGAGACCCUAGACCAAGGAGGGACGCUAACUGAGCACACGCUGCCCUCAAGGCCGGGUGGAUACCUGCAUCCUGUUAAGAAAUGGCCCAUGCGUUCUCUGCUCUACUGUGGGAGUGUGGGAGAGCUGCUGUCAGCCAGUCAGAUGACUCCACCUGGACAGGACAGGACACACCCACUGAGUCCUACCUUAGAAGGAGACGAUGAGUGAAAGCCUGUUUUACGCUGUUUUAUAUCUUUAAUCGUAACCAGCUAUCUGUAGCAAAGGAGACAUCAAAAGACACUCAUGUGCAGAGAUGGGCAAAUUUCAAAGGAUGUGGUGCACCGCUGCUGACGUGUGCUUAAAGAUGAACAAGGCAGACAUUUUUAUGUUACAUUUAAACAAAGAUGUUUUUGUCAAAUUACUUUUUUUAAUCUAAAUGUGGAAGUUAAAUGAACUUUAAUGAACCUGCAGCUAAGUUUUUACUUUCUGGUGUUGGAUUUCUUUCUUUUAAAUUAAAUUUGUGGUCAUGUGUCUUAAACAGAAAAUAAAAUGUGUUUGUGGAAAAAAAUCAUAUUUUCCCUGUAAGGAAGAGUCACCUGUUUGCUUUUUUCUUUUUUUUAAAAUAAAGUAUAAGUUUGUGAGGUUUU